ACGGGAUAGCGAGGUAGGGGAGCUGUACUAAUGGCGGAGAACGUACGGUCGCCUUUUGAGUACCGGGAGCCACCGACCCUCGACAGCGACGGGGAUGGGAGCAAACCGCCUUUGCCGCCCCGGGGGAGGGGGUGUGUCAGGAAAAGGAAGGGUACCCCUGUGAAGGUGUGUGACCGGGCCUACGUGACAGAGGAUGAAGAGGAGGAGGAAGAGGAAAGUCUGUCUGAACACAGCUACAGUCCAGGUGAUGGACAGUACCCAGACGGAGCGGAGGACAGACUGCCUCCAACCGGAAGCCCUUACUACCUCGCCGACCCCUCCCAGCUCUGUGUGUCGGAGCUGGGCGAGGAGGGGGCGAGUGGAGUCCGGGGGCCAGUGCUCUUCCACCCCCCACCCAACUGUAGGAUCCGAGAGGUGCACUGCGGGAGUCAGGUGCGGCUGGUCGUCAUAGCGAUUCGAGACAUCGCCAAAGGGGAGGAGAUCACAGUGGACUACAGCCUGAUGGACUGGGGAGAGAACGCCAUGGAUGAAGAGCCUGGCCCCCACCCGCUGUCUCUCUCCGACUACCUCACCCCCUCCUGGUCCCUCUCCCCCUCCUCCUCCCCGCUAACCCACACUGAGCCCAGCGAUUCGGACCGAGAGGAGGAGGAGGAAGACGACGAUGACGACGAAGAAGAAGAGAUGGAGGAGUUGAGGGGCCGCAUGCUCCGCCGCCGAAAGAAGCGCAAAAUAGCCACCCCCCCCGUCACCGCCAAGAAGAAGAGUGUCGCCACCCCCAGGGCCGGACCAGGGCGCCCCUGCUCAUCCUCCUUCUCCCGGCUGGCUGCCUCCUCGACCUCGACCCCAACCGUGGCCCAGACCCCGUCUCAGCCCGCCACUCCACUGGCGCCUCCCACCACCAACAUCAACAACAACAUCAACAUAAACAUCGGCAGCUCCAGCGGGGCCACUGUCAGCCGACGGCAGCACUGCCCCUACUGCGGCCGCCACUACCGCUCUCUGGCACGCCACCUGGAGAAACACCAUGCCAACCAGCCAGAGGUCAGGGCUGCCAUGGAGCUAUCCGCACUCCACACACACCCUUCCUCCUCUACCUCCUCCUCGCACGGCCACAUCUUCGCCUCCCCCCAGCCCUCCUCUUCCUCUACUCCCGCCCCUCCCCCUCUUUUCUCCAGGGAGAGAGAGAGGGAUGCGGUGGCCGCUCGAAGUUCCUCGGGGGCGGUCUCCUUUUCACUCUCGCUCUCCCCACCCUCGGCUUCUCAGUCGGCCGCGGCCAAAAAAGCCUCCAACGUAUCGGCUCAGACGCCCAAGCCAGGCUCCGCCCCUGCAGUGGCCCCGGUGAAAAGUCCUCCCACAUCCACGCCACCCAGGAGGGGCCGCAAGCCGAAGAGAGAGAAGGAGGAGCAGCAGAAAGCGGAGGAGUCCAUCAGGAGCAAAGAGGAAGAGAUUCCUCCACCUCCUACCCCCAAACCGGAGGAAGAAGAGCUGGAUGAGGAGCUGAGUGGAGCGGGGACCGUAGCUAGUCCUGGGGACUGGAGUACACAGCUGGCUAGUUCCCACAGACACCACAUGCCCCCUCUCCUCUCUUCCCUCUCCUGCCUGGUGCUCUACCUGAGCCGGCAGCAGCACUCUUCCUUCUUGUCUCUCACUCGCUCCCCCAGUUCGGCUGAGGCCUGGCGCCUCCUCUGCCAUUCCAGCCUGGCGCUGCUCAUCCUCUACAACCGCCACCGAGAGUGUGAAGUGGCCAAGCUCACCACCCAGGACUACCACAACCGCACCACCCCCCCAAGCCCCACCCUGACCCAGGCUAACUCGGCCAACACCCCCCCCACAGGCAUGGAGGCCAUCCUCUCCCCCUUCGAGCAUCAGGUCCUCUGCCACCUCCCCCGAGCAGGUGUGCUGGGCAAGCGGGGUCGCAUCCAGCCCCUCAUCCUGCCCCCGCACUGCGAGUCCUGCCUGGAGCUGCUCCUUCAGACCUCCUCCAACGUGGGCGUCGACCCCCACAGCCCCUACGUCUUCUCCCGGCCCUUCCAUUCGCCCGCCACGCCGCUCCGGGGCACCGACCUACUGCGCAACCUGGCGCGGGCCAGCGGCGCCAAGAACCCCCGGGCGUUGACCCAGACACGGGCGCGCCAGCAGGUAGCCAUUCUCACCCAGCUACUGCUCCUGGAGGAAGGUGAGGGGCAGGGCCAGCCGGGCGGGGCUGCCGCCAAGCGCCUGGAAGACUUCCUGCAGAGGGAGUACCACGUGACCCAGAGCUGCGCCACGAUAGGCCGAGACCCGGCGCUGAUGGGCCGGGUGGGCAGGGUGGUGAUCUAUGGGGAAAAAGAGGGGGUCCUCUUCAGAGGGAUGAGUCUGCAGCACAUCUGUCUGGAGCUGGAUGUGAUGUCAGGAAACUCUGCGGACUCCUUCUCAGACGACUCGGACGUGGAGGCAGAGAAGGUUAAGGAGAAGGUUAAGGAGAAGGUUAAAGAGAAGGUUAAGGAGAAGGUGGAGGAGAAGGAGAAGGUGGGGGAGGUGAAGAAGCAACCAGGUCAACCCCCCAGCAAGAAUAAAGCCCCCACUCCCUCCUUGGUCAACCCCUCGCUCCCUGGUGCCCACAAGAGGAGGAUCAUUCAGCCCAAGUCCGGGAAGCGUGGGGUGCUGAAGCGGCCCUGGUCGGAGGCGGAGCGCAUCGCCGUGGAGACGCACCUGAAGAGGAACAUCAUGGAGCAGCGCGUGCCAGCCAAGGCGGACUGCGAGCGCUGCCUGCAGCUCUGUCCCCUGCUGGUCAGCAACCAGCGUGACUGGAGAGCCAUCAAGUUCUACUGUCACAACCGCAUCCAGCUACUGAAGAAGCAAGGCAGGAGGGAGAGGGCAGGGAACUCUGUUAGAUAGAGAGCGAGAGAACUGACUUCAACCAUCUGGAGUGACCCUAUUCUAGUCCUGGAGAAGUGCAGUCUGUUUGUUUUUCGUCCGAUUUUACCUGACCUCUGACCUGACCUUAGAGGUCGUUCCUGGGACUAGGUGUGCACUAUCAGUCCUAGCCCUGUAGCCCAGUAAUGCAGUGUUGUCUUCAUCAAGAGUCAAGGAGAGAAUUAACUGGGAUUAGUUGAAAUGUCUCCUCUGACCAGGGGACAUAUCCACAUAGUGUCUCAAAAGGGUCUAGGAAUCCUGUUAAAACCGAGUUUUUAAGACAAAAAAAACCCCUCCCAGCUCACAGUAGGUUUUAUGAUGUUAAGACACUGAACAGACAAACUCUGAACCAGGAGGAACAUCAACUCCUAAAAAGGUUCAUCUCAGCUGGUCGUCACGACAGUUUGAGGUACCGCAAAGGAAAGAUGGUGAUGAGUCUCAUCGUUGUACAUUAUUGGAAAUAACCAAUCACGAAGAGGCAUGGCCAGCUGUGAACUGUAUAGCACGUUUUCAGACACCCAGAUGAACUUGACUUUACAUCAAAUGUUGCAAUGGUAAAACACUUGAUAUAAUUUGCCUGACACGAUCAAUUUGCCUAACUCCUAAUUAUUGCCUAAUAUGUUGGCAUGCAUAACCUUCUUUUUUAAACUUUUUUUUUUAACC